AGAAGAUCUAUAUAACCAGGAUAGCGAGGAAGAUCUGCUGACUGAAAGCACUUCAAACUCGGCAGCGGAGUUUACAUUAUUAUCAAGAUUACUGGAUGAAGACAGCAUUGGACAACUGACUGCAGUUCACGAUAAAUAUCAUCAGCUUAAGUGUCAACUCAACGCUCUACGUGGUGGUGAGCCGAACAAACCGAGUUCUUCACUCGAUUUAAUACAAGCUGAUGUAGUUGAUGUGAUAAUUGAUAAAACACAGCAGAAUUACAAACCGUUGAUUGCAAAUAAGAAACACUCAGUGAGUGCGGCGCCAUCAGAACCUAAAAUAUCUGAAGCAAGCCAACGAUCACAACGAAUCAAAGAAAUCAAGAAUCGAGCUGUGAGCGCUCGUGCCAACACCGAUUCUGGCGCACUUAGCGAUGACGUCAUGCAGCGACGAUGCUUCAGUGAUUACUCUCACUGGAUCAAAAUGGUCGAACGAAGAUGUGUUUCCAUUUGCCAACCAGCACACGAACUCCGAUGUUAAGUUCACGAUCCAACAAGUCACUUCUCCUCCCGACGAACAAACUGUGCUCAACUCUGCAUUGAAACAGCGACUCGAAAUGUACUGGGCGCGAGUCCUACAGUACCAACAGAACAAAUCGCAAGAACAACAACAACAACAACUCAACUACACGAACCCAACACCUGAAGUGAACAUAGAAGAAGCAAAACAAAUUAUGCAAAAGUUAAUAUCUGGUACGAACGACCAAUCACCAACCAACCUACCUUGGCCCAGUCUUGCAGCAAUGGCCGCCAACCGCCCCGCCUCAUACCCAGAGCUUCUCCCCCCACCCCCACUGAUCCCCAUGUCUACCACUAUACAAGCUACAUCAUCAAAUACUGUGAGCAACAUAUCAGCCGUUCUAGACCUUUCAAAGACGAGCGACAUUGAACAACGAUAUAACCCGAUCGUCUCACCUGAUAUUAAAGAUACCUCAAACAAGAAUCAGCCUUUAGAUUUAACAACCAGCAAUAAAAGACGAAGAACAACCGAAUCAUCGGAAGGCGAAGACAAACUUAUGUCGUGGAAACCUAACCUACAGAGCACACCUCAGAAAAAGCUGGAUGUUGUUUCCAACAAACCGAACGAGUUCGUCCCCCCGAUGCCGCCGAACAGUUCCCCUUUCAGCGGCUUCAACGCGCAGCAACUUGCAGCCCUCGGUCCUUACUUACAAGCAAGCGGAAACCCCGCCCUGCAAGCGAUGUACGGUCAAAGCUACCAACCAAUGCAAAACAUGGUUGCGAAUGGACUGCCACCUGCCUAUUUGCAGAAGUGGUUGCUUGCCGCACAGCAGCAAACCGCUGCCAACCAACAACCACCGAAAAAGCGAAAGAAAACGGACGAUAUCAACCAACAGCGUUCACGAGUCGUGUUUAAUCCUUUCGUGCACAAUCAGAAAGAGAUAUACUUGCCCACCCAAGUUCCUAUAUCUCCCAAUGCAUCUCGAAGCAACAGUUCGCCGUCCCAUUCAACCCCAACCUCAAACAGCGGCCCGAGCGGUAAACGGUACAAACGUUACGCCAAGCCCCCGUACUCUUACGUGUCACUCAUAACAUUAUCCAUCCUUUCCUCUCCCGAGAAAAAGCUUCGACUGUCACAGAUUUUGAAAAGGAUAUCUGAAAUGUUUCCGUUCUUCAACGGUUCGUACCAGGGCUGGCGCGACUCAGUGCGACACAAUCUUUCCCAGAACGAAUGUUUCGUGAAGGUAUUAAAGAACCCGUACCGACCAACCGCCAAAGGAAACUAUUGGACCGUCAACAUUACUGCUAUUCCCCACGAGCUAUUGUUGCGUCAGAAUACACUAGUGUCUCGGUACGCCCAAGAUUCCGGCUUCAGAUAUCGCAAGGAUUUGGCUGAGGUGUUCGACCUUGUGACUGGCAGAGUAAAAACCGGAAUCCCGAGUCAUUUAUUCAAUGGCGUGAAACUGGUGGAGGAUCCCGCAGCAGUCAUGGAGGCUUUACUGUUAGAGGAGAAAUCCGACGAUGAAGGAUCGACUCCCAUCCGCAGCAACCACGGGGUUUACUCCCUGGAGGACAUGUUUAACCAGGAUGACUUCAUUGAGGAAGAUCUGCUCCGUCAGCAUCAAAACCAUGGCAACAACAACAACAACAGAUGGUCCGCAAAAGGUCGACAACGCGCCAGCCAAGCUGCUUCAAAAUUAUCCGGGAAUUCUCCAACUUUUUCCACACCUACGUCAUACCAGCAAUACAUUACAAGCAUCGAGUCGCAGAAGUUAGCGGCUCAUAUGUUAAGGACAAGCACAACUAACUCAAUACUCGCACAGAAGGAGCUUCUAUCAAAAGCGCUCGGCCAACACAAGUUAAACUGCUUACCGCUGCUACAAAACUACUACGCCAAGGCGCACGGUAACGAUAACCACCAGGAGCACAUUGAACCCCCCGCCCCUGCUUACUCUGUUAACAAAUCCCCACAAUCGGAUCACCCUGAGUCCCCAAUUAGCGAAGACUUCACUGGAACAUGGAACCACGUCGAGGAGAAGAGGAAUCGACGCAAAGGAGCGCAACCAACACGAAGAACAUCAUCUUCUGGUGAAUGCAAACCUGACACCGGGUCUUUAAGUCCGCUUGCUUCGAGUGCAGUCGAUAGCGGGAUAGCUGGUUCACCUCGUUCGUCAACAAGGUCGUUCUGCUCCAGCGAGCCUGACGUCAGUUCUAGUAUCGUUGAUCACGUGUCACCCCUCCGGUCACGUGCCUCUGACGUGUCAUCGGAAACUCUGACGUCAUCCCCACGUGAUGGGGCCGAAGAUAUGAUGUCACCGAGAGGUUUUUCCUCCCCGUUUAACCUGUUCAAUAGUCGGCCUCUGGAGACGAGCAAACUGGCUUGAACAUUUAACACAUUGUAUCAUAUAUAGUAUUGUUGGGUAAGAUGGGAUACCGUUUGCACCUAAAUCCCAUAUUUUCUUACUGUGUUUUAGGCUUUGAGCAAUUAACAACGUUCUUUAGAGUAAGAAUACGGUUAUACAAGUCUGUAAAUAUUCUUUGUUGGCUUCCGAAUGGGACGAGAAAAGAAAAUGAAACGUGUCCCAUCUUACCCCACCCUACUAUAUACAAGUUGUAUAUAUUGAGUAAUGGACGUGGUUUGCCAACCUCCCUAUUAUACCAAGUUCAUUCUUUUGUAAAUAUUUCUUAUUCGAUCUAACCGAAUUAACAUUUUGCGUUUUGACUAAUCAUCGUCUUUAUAUUGUAUUGUGACGUCAGGGAUUAUGUUGUUUGUCAGCCGCAACCGCUUGAUGGCGCUCUUCAAGCCUCGCUUGCCUGACAAUUGUCUUCAGUAGCUGCUUGCUUUUACCUCAAUAUAGUAGCAAUCACUAACUAUUACUUCCAUGCUUCAUAAUAACAUGGACACAAAUACGCUGCCUAUCGCAAGCUUUCUUCGCAAUAUUUCUCAGGUCGAAUAAUCUCGCAAAGAUACAUCAUGUUGCCAAACUGGAGACUUGUAGUUUUGACUUAUCCGUUGCAACGUCAUCGUUAUUUGCAUGCCGACUUAAACAAACAUGGAAAUAACAUUACCGCCCAUUUUGUGCCCUCGUUAUAUUUUUACCUCAUACAUGGCUUGAGCCAUUUUGUUCGCGUUGCAAGAUACCUCAUCACCACAAUUACCUAUAUAUACAUUUCCCCUCCCAUCACCGUUUCUUUUUUGUAUUACCUUAAUACGAACGCUAUUAAUUUCGUAAUGACGACAAUCGGGUAUAAGAAUAAAUUUUAAUAAUAACAAAA